ACUGCAGCAGUUCAUAGUUCAUAGUGUCGUUAGUGUUCUUUCACAGUUCGAGCACAACGUUGAACCCACGUCGGAACAUAAUAAAAUCAAACAGAAACACAGAAAUCAGGUUAAAGCCAAUCAAAAUGUUCAUAAAAUAUGCAAUACUUGUCAUCAUUACAAUCAUGCCUUUCACUUUCGGAUUCAUUGCGUACGAUUGUGAUGGGCCCGCUCAAAAUAUCACGUCCUUCGACAGCUUAGAAGUGGACAACUGUGAUUUUCCAAUAGCGUCAAACACCCAACAGGUACCGAGAUUACAAUUACUACAAAGGAUUGAAACUUACCCUGUUCAUUUUAAGUCGUGUCUCAUAACAGUUGAUUAUUUAAUAACAAGAUGCUCGAUAUUUGAAGAUGCACAAUUAGUAGAGGGAGGGUAUUUUUCCGAUGUAGUAGAUUUAGGAAGUGCUCGAUGUUCGGAAAUUCAUCAAAAACGAUCAUAUACUUUUCCCUUGGGAGGUAUAGUAACGGAUUUACAAAUGAACGAAACAACAUUAACAUCGCACACAGUAGCAGGGUCACUGGACAGAUUUGGAAAUUGUAGAGGCACGAAUUUUAAAUCAAGUAGAGGAGAAUGGGAAAACGUCGUGGUACAAGCUAAAUUUAAAAUAUAUUUAUCAGAAGGUACCGCUAUAGCAAAUAGCAAAGACAAUAUUCUUAUACUUCCGUCAGGUACAAAAAUGAAAUUAUCCGAUAACUAUGGUAUUGACACGUUUAAAGGUGAAACCGUAUGGACAAAUAACCAUUUUAAUUGUGAAGAACAAGAUUUCGUUGUUUUAUUUGAUGGCCCAGCAUCAUUAAUAACCUCUACCACUACCGACAACUCCAGUUUACAAACAUUCAUUGUAGAGACGGAUAAAAUAGUAUUUGCUCUCAAACAAAUAAAAAAAACAUUUGCCUGUGAAAUUCCAGUAAUUCAAACGGAGCUCAUGCAAUUACUUAUUCUUACAGAUCCUAUGUUUUUAAAUCAUUUUAAAAUAAAAUCCAUUUCUCCUCAAAACACUGAUCUAAUCGCAUAUGUAAAUACGAAAUUUGUUUAUGUAGAAAAUUUUUUCAAAUCAACAAUAACCGCAUUAUACAACGAUUUAUUAAAAAAACAAUGCGUGCUUGAACGACAAUUACAGCAAAGGCUUACAUUAGCCUCAAACAAUCUUCCGGAGUUUGCGUAUAUCAUGGGCGGUGGUCCUGGUUUUACGGCCGUCAAGCACGCCGAAAUAAUUUAUUUAAUUAAAUGUAAAAAAAUUAGUGUCGAGAUGACCAAAAAAGACGAAUGUUAUAACGAAUUACCAGUUCUAUAUAACAACCAGACUUUCUUCAUGGCUCCAAAAACACAUUCUCUACAAAAAUAUGGAACGCAAAUCAACUGCAAUUCAUUAUUCCCACCGGCAUUUAAUUUAGAUGGUAACUGGUAUGGAUUUUUCCCAAAUGUCCAAGAAAUAAAAACACCACAAAAAUUGAAACCAAAUACAGCAUGGACAUGGACAUACAAAAGUUUAAAUUUUUUAAUGAAUUCCGGGAUAUAUACAAAAGAUACAAUGAAAGCUUUCCAACAACAUAUUAUAUAUCCCCAAGAAGUGGACGCCGUUAAAAACAAUAUAAUUAGACAGUCCAUGGGAUAUGAAACAGUAAACCAAGGUAUUCAAUUUAAAUAUUUAAUAGACGAACAUACAAUUGGACAAAUGGUUGAAGAAAAGUUAUUUAAAUUAUGGGGUUGGUUCACAACAGUCGGAACUUUUGUGUCAGGGCUAAUGGGGAUAUUCUUUGUUGUAAAAGUAAUAUUAACAAUCGUCGACACAGGUAUUAAUAUUACUUUUUUGUACCAAACCUUUGGGUGGAGUACAAAGCUCUUAGCAGGAUUUUUUUCAAGUAUCACCCAUAACUUAAUACUUCGAUCUCAUAAACACAAUUAUACCAAGAAUCAAGAAUUCGAUGAGGAUUCAUUGGAAAUAGAAAACUUUCAGCGCCAUAAAAAUACAUACAACGUUUACCCAAAUCUACAAGACAAAGUUUGAAACUAUCAAUGUAAAAUAAUACUUUUCUUUUUAAUUUGUAUUUAAAAGUUAAGUAAUAACAAUAUUUAUAUUGAAUGUAUUAAUUAAUAUAUUUAUUUAUUUAA